AUGAAGAACACAAGACCGUCCACCAAGACAAUUCUCGUUCUAGGCGCGUCGUACGGCGGAUCGCGAACUGCGCAGGUUCUCGCGGCAGGGCUCAAGGACAUAAACGCAAGGGCACCCACGAAAGAGCAACAGUGGCGAGUGGUGUUGGUGGACCGGAAUCAUCAUGCGAACCAUCUCUACAUAUUCUCCAGGAUAUCUGUCCUUCCCGGACACGAGCACAAGGCAUUUAUACCAUACACGAAUGUUUUCGCGCUGCAUCCUCCCCAUCCCGAAGGCGGCACCACCUUCCCUCCCAGUUUACCGCACUCGUUCAUUCAUGCGAAAGUGAACAAUAUCGACCUGCACGCGAAUGAAGUCAGGCUACAGCAUCUCUCGGAUGACGGUGAGAGGAAAAAGGACGAGGAGGAGACCAUCGCAUAUGACUACCUCGUUUACGCCAUGGGCUCGCACCUCCCGGCCCCGAUCGAUAUGUGGGGCGAGAGGAUAUACAAGGACUCGGCUGCACCGUCCAAGGAACUUCCUUCGCGGAACGUUGACCUAGAGGAACCUGUGGCACUCGCAGAGGAGGAAUAUCGCGGAUUGAAGCCACAGGCUGUCGCGCGCAUGCGUGCGGAUCAGAAGCGUAUCGCAGCGGCGCAGAGCGUGCUCGUCGUUGGGGGUGGCGCGCUGGGCAUUCAAUAUGCCACAGACAUCAGCGCUGUUCACCCGGCGACUAAAGUCACGUUGCUACACUCUCGAACGAGAUUGCUGCCAAAGUUCGACAAGAUGAUGCACACUGAGAUUUUGCAAACCCUCAAAGACGCUGGUGUGAAGACGAUCCUUGGCGAACGACUGAGCAUGAAAUCGCUGAACCAUCCUCGCUACAACGAGAAAGGCGAAAAGGUCUUGAUCACUGAAAACGGAAGGGAAAUCUGUGCGGACUUGGUGCUCCUGUGCACCGGUCAACGUCCCAAUACGCGUUUGCUCGCGGAAUCAGAUUCUACCACUGUGGAUCCCAACACCGGUAUGACGCGCGUGGCGAGGACUAUGCAAGUCACUGGAUCGCGGCCAAGGGCAAGACGCGGAUCCGGGCCUACUCUUUCUUCGUCGCCCGAGGUGGAGGAAGAAACCGCAGCAGUCGCCUUGAACAGACUCUCGUCGAUUACCCUCGACCGACACACGUCCAUUCUGGCGGAGUCUGGUCCACAGAUAGAUGCAGAGGCGGACGAGGCGAUGGUGUACGAGCACGUGUUCGCGAUUGGUGACGCUGCGGACGCGUUCGGUGCGAUACAGGCCGGACAUAACGCCUACUAUCAGGGUGAGGUCGCGGCUCGAAAUAUCCUCAAGCUCGUGAAGAAGAGGGAGGACCUGGAGCUCGAACAUUAUACGCCUGGCCCACCAGCGAUAAAAGUUUCUUUGGGGAUCACGAAAUCGGUUUAUCAGAUAAAUGGUGUCGUUGGGGUGAAAGAUGACGGCACGGAAGACCUCGAUGCGGCAGGGGUGUGGGCAUAUUUCGGCAUCAAAGGUGUCAAGGAGGAACGAAUGUACGAUUGA